UCACUUAAUCAGUAUCUCAAGCUAUAUAUAAGACCACUUUGAAUUCCAUAGAAAGAGUAAGAAGCAACAACAAAAAAAAAAGAGAGAGAAGAUACUUUGAUUCAAAGCUUAAGAAAAUGUCUUCCACUCAAGCCUUCCAAGAACAAGUCCAUGGCGGUUUUAUCUCUCGAAAGCUGCUUCUGCACAACCCAUUUGACCACAACACUCAACAAACCUUCAUGGUCACACCAUCUCCCCUCAUUACACAUGAGAACAACCUCAGUGGGAAUGUCUUGAUGCUUCUCUCAGUCCUCAUCUGUGGAAUCAUCUGCUGCCUCGGUUUACAUUAUAUCAUUCGUUGCGCAUUAAGACGUACUUCAAGUUUCAUGAUCUCUGAGCCUAUCUCCAGUCUUUCAACACCACAUGGGUCAUCAAACAAAGGAAUCAAGAAGAAAGCUCUUAAUAUGUUCCCGGUCGUGAGUUACUCAACUGAGAUGAACUUGCCAGGGGUCGGUGAAGAAUGCGUCAUCUGUUUGUCGGAUUUUGUUUCUGGUGAAAAGCUCAGGCUGCUCCCUAAGUGCAACCACGGGUUCCAUGUUCAUUGCAUUGACAAGUGGCUUCAACAACAUUUGACUUGUCCAAGCUGCAGACACUGUCUUGUUGAGACAUGCCAAAAGAUCUUAGGUGACUCCAGUCAAGUGACAGCAACACCAUCAGAGAGCAUAAUUGUCAGGAUAGCUACUCUAGAGCCUGAAGGAAGAUUAAACACUUUAAGAGAAAACAUCUAAAUUCUCAAGAAACCAUCAUAAGUUCAGAAUCUAUGCUCAAGUUAGAUAGAAGUUUUUUUUUUAGAUCUGA